AGCUUCCUCUCUUACUGGUUGCUCUUGACUCUUGUUCUUGUAGGACCUAUUAUGACGUUCUUGUAAUUUUCUAUGUGGAAUUAGGUAUAUGGGAAAAAGAAGCACCUAAUCCUCUUUCUUUGCUACUAGUUCUAACAUUCUGCUUCCGCGGGGAAGGUGUCCGUAGAAACUUUUUCAGUCACAUUCAGAUGGAGUUUCAAAGAAUGGGAAUCACUCCAUUCAUUGAUAAUGAGAUCAAAAGAGGGGAAUCCAUCGGUCCUGAGCUCAUUCGUGCCAUUAGAGAAUCUAGGAUCUCAGUUAUUUUGCUCUCUAAGAAUUACGCUUCUUCAAAGUGGUGUCUUGACGAACUGGUGGAGAUUAUGAAGUGCAGAGAAGAGUUGGGUCAAACAGUAGUGGCCAUUUUCUAUAAAGUAGAUCCAUCUGAAGUAAAAAAGUUGAUCGGAAAUUUUGGGCAAGUAUUUAGAAAAACGUGUGCUGGUAAAACAAAGGAAGACAUUGGAAGAUGGAGAGAAGCUUUGGCUAAAGUGGCUACAAUCGCUGGUUAUCAUUCAAGCAACUGGGAUAAUGAAGCAGCCAUGAUCAAGAAAAUCGUAACUGAUAUUUCAAACAUGUUGAAUAAUUCCAUAUCAUCAAGUGAUUUCGAUGGGUUAGUUGGUAUGAGAGCUCAUUUGGAAAAGAUGGAACCAUUGUUAUGCCUAGAGUCAGAUGAAGUGAGGAUGAUUGGGAUUUGGGGUCCUCCUGGGAUUGGGAAGACCACAAUCGCCAGAGUUGUGUACAACCAAUUCUCCAACAGUUUUCAAUUGGGUGUCUUUCUGGACAAUAUCAAAGCAAACUAUACAAGACCUUGUUCCGAUGACUACAGCUCAAAGUUACAAUUGCAAAAACACUUUAUGUCUCAAAUAAUCAACCAUAAGGAUAUGGAGAUUUUUCAUUUAGGAGUUGCCCAAGAUAGGUUGAAAGACAAGAAAGUUCUUGUCGUCCUUGAUGGUGUGAACCAGUCAGUACAACUAGAUGCGAUGGUGAAAGAAACCUGGUGGUUUGGUCCUGGGAGUCGAAUUAUCAUUACAACACAAGAUCAUAGGCUUUUUAGAGCACAUGGGAUUAACCAUAUUUACCAGGUGGAUUUUCCACCAGCUGAUGAGGCUCUUCAAAUCUUCUGCAUGUAUGCUUUUGGUCAGAAGUCCCCUAAAGAUGGUUUUGAGGAGCUUGCUUGGGAAGUUACAACAUUUGCGGGUAAACUUCCUUUGGGGCUAAGGGUUCUGGGCUCCCAUUUCCGGGGAAUGUCGAAGCAGGAGUGGAUAAAGUCACUACCAAGGUUAAAAACUAGUCUUGACACUGAUAUUCAAAGCAUUUUGAAAUUCAGCUAUGACGCUUUGGAUGAUGAAGAUAAAGAUUUAUUUCUUCAUAUUGCCUGCUUUUUCAACUAUGGAGUGAUUGAGAAAGUGGAAGAGCAUCUUGCGAGGAAGUUCUUGGAAGUGAGGCAAAGACUUAACGUCUUAUCUCAGAAAUCUCUCAUACUCUUCAACCAAUGUGGACGUAUUGAGAUGCAUAGUUUGCUAGAAAAACUAGGUAGAGAAAUUGUUCGUAAGCUAUCUAUUCAUGACCCUGGACAGCGCCAGUUUUUGGUCGAUGAAAGAGAGAUCUGUGAAGUACUGAUUAGUGAUGCAGCAGGUAGUAAAAGUAUUAUAGGUAUAGAUCUCAACUACAGGGGAAUUGGGGAAGAAUUAAAUAUAAGUGAGAGAGCCUUUGAAGGAAUGUGUAAUCUCCAGUUCUUAAGAAUCGAUGGUGAUUGCAAUACAUUGCAGUUAUCGCAAGGUCUGAACUAUUUUUCUCGCAAACUUCGAAUACUACACUGGAGUUAUUUCCCGAUGGCAUGUUUGCCUUCUAAUGUGAACUUGGAGUUUCUUGUCGAACUAAUCAUGGAUAACAGUAAGCUUGAGAAGUUGUGGGAGGGAAUUAAACCGCUUCGUAAUCUCAAGAGGAUGGAUAUGCGUGAUUCUGCAAACUUGAAGGAGCUUCCUGAUUUCUCAACUGCCACUAAUCUUCAGAAGUUGAAUCUAAGUUAUUGCUCAAGUCUAAUCAAGCUCCCCUCUUCUAUUGGGAAUGCCACUAAUCUCAAGAAAUUAAAUCUCCGUAGAUGCUCAAAUAUUAUGGAGUUUCCUUCUUUUAUUGAAAAAGCCACCAAUCUAGAGAUAUUGGAUCUUAGUAGUUGCUCAAAUUUGGUUGAACUUCCUCUUUUUAUUAAAAACCUUCAGAAGUUGCAGAAGUUGAGAUUAGGAGGAUGUUCUAAGCUACAGGUUCUUCCAACCAACAUCAACUUGGAAUCUUUGGUUGAACUUGACCUCACUGAUUGCUCGGCAUUGAAAUUGUUUCCCGAGAUUUCUACAAACGUUAGAGUUCUCAAGCUCAGCGAGACUGCAAUAGAAGAAGUGCCUCCCUCGAUCGCGUUCUGGCCUCGUCUUGAUGAGUUGCAUAUGUCUUACUUUGAAAACCUCAAGGAACUCCCUCAUGCUCUUUGCAGCAUCACAGAUCUGUACUUGAGCGAUACAGAAAUACAGGAGGUUCCUUCAUUGGUCAAGAGAAUCUCUCGUCUGGAUCGAUUAGUGCUCAAGGGAUGCAGAAAGUUGGAAUCACUCCCACAGAUUCCAGAGUCCCUCUCUAUAAUAGAUGCAGAAGAUUGCGAGUCCCUGGAGAGACUAGAUUGCUCCUUUCACAAUCCAAAGAUUUGUCUCAAAUUCGCUAAGUGCUUCAAACUGAAUCAAGAAGCAAAAGACCUCAUCAUCCAAACACCGACUAGUGAACAUGCCAUUUUACCCGGUGGAGAAGUGCCUUCCUACUUCACUCAUCGAUCUACAAGCGGGGGUUCAUUGACAAUAAAGUUGAAUGAGAAGCCUCUUCCUACAUCCAUGAGAUUUAAGGCCAUCUUGUUGGUUCAUCAAAGUGACGAUGGUAAGAAGUAUCCAUCUAGUGUUGUCUCGUUUUGGUGUAAAAAAAGCUGGCAUGUAAUGUAUCCAACUUUAGCAGAGCAUCUAUACACAUUUGAAGUCGAAACAGCGGUCACUUCCAGCGAGCUUGUCUUUGAGUUCAAGCUCGACAGUAGCGAUUGGAAGAUAAGAGAAUUCGGACUACGCAAACUCAUGGAGGUCCCUUCAUUUUGAUUAAUACAUUUUUUUCUUAGCAUUGUUGCUGCUGGAAUAUGCUUCUUCAUGCUUUUGACAAAAAUCAGAUUCCAUAUCAAGUUAACAAAGAAAAUAAUUUUGAUUAAUACAUUUUUUUCUUAGCAUUGUUGCUGCUGGAAUAUGCUUUUGACAUGUUGUAACGAAUAGAAAGCAAAUUAAAAAUGGCUUUGUUUCACGUAAA